AGCCACGACUUGGAAGAUGCCUCAGAACAGCAAUAUAAGCAACAGCAGCAGUAACAUCAGCAUCAGUUCACAAAAUGUUGGGAAGAUUCUGGCAGUGGCCAAUUUUAAAAUAGCUUUCUCCCAGGUACUUGUCUGCAUUUUCUUUUACAUAAACUGUACAAUGCUGUUCACAUUUUUAAGAAAACACUCCUUUCAUCAAGACACCCGCUAUAUUUUAUUUGCUCAUAUGCUUAUGGUUGACACCCUACAGUUGCUCUUCAUGGACCUGGGAGUUACACUGGCCUAUUUUUUUAUUGUGGCACCUGCUGGAGCUUGCAUCCUAUUUUGCAUGAUCAUGGCAUCCCUAACAUACUUCACAACACUAACCCUAACUUUCAUGUGUCUGGAACGUUAUGUGGCCAUCUGCAUGCCAUUGAGACAUGCUGUCAUUGCUACUGUUAAAAGGACAUUAUAUGCCAUUCUUAUCAUUUGGUUAAUUGGUUCAAUUCCUAGCUUUAAGGAACUGUUUAUUAUUGUUGCAAUAGAAACCGUAACAUUUUACUCACAGCGCUUCAUCUGUGCUUAUGAUAUGAUGAUUCGAAGUAAAUGGCAGUCAGAUCUAAUGUCUGGUGUAGCUCUAUCCUAUUUUUUCCUCAUGUCAAUUAUUGUCUUGUUUACUUACUUAAAAAUGAUGCAGGCUGCUCGAUCUGCCUCUGCUGACAAGAUGCUGGUUACCAAAGCCCGUCACACAGUGGUCCUGCAUGCGUUCCAACUGCUGCUCUCUUUAAUCACUCUUGUUUGUCCUUUUGUAGAAAUGACUGUCCUUCAGGUAGAUAUACAAGUGUUUAGCAACCUUCGAUAUUUUAACUUUGUCGUCUUUAGUUUAUUUCCCCGUUGUCUCAGUCCUCUAAUUUAUGGUAUAAGGGAUGAGAAAUUCAACUCUGUGUUUCAACAGUAUGUGUUCUGUGGAUUGGGUUUAAAACAAAUGACUCAAAAUUUAAUACAGAGCAAGUGACCAUUGAGAAAUUAUGCACUAAUUCCCCAAUUUUCCAGUUUUUCAUGGUUUACAGCAUUCAAUUCACCUGCUCCUGUGGAUUCUUUUUCAGCUAGAUUCUGAAAAUGGACAGGUAAUUUAAAUACAAUAAAUGCUUUAUCUUAGAUUGAUCAAAUCACUGAUUAACUAGUAUGUAAAAUUCUAUUGAGGAACUUAACCCUUUAGAUCAUAAUGAUAUUUGUAACAAACAUAAAAUUCACUUAUUACUAUUUUCUGUUCAGGGACUUAAGGAGAUGGAGCCAGGGAUGAAUGUGAUGCUUGUCUAAUGCUGGGUAUGCUCACAUACAACCCCAAACUCAUUGGACCAUUCAGAAUGACUUUGUUCCUUACAAGAUAAGUCAGACUACUUGUGUUAAAAGAGUUUCCUUAACAAUAAUACUGUGUGGCUCAUUAAAAUGUAGCCUGGAAGUCACACCGAGUAUAGUGAUGUGACCUUUGUGACACAUCUCUCUGUUGUAAUA